GAAGACAAAUCAAACAAUUUCUUGUAUACCUCUAAUAAACUGGGCAGAAUUACCUAUCUGUGUUCGCAUGUAACGUCGUGUAUGUGUUUUCCAGAUGGCCCCACCACUCAAAACGUCUAUUAUGCACGACCAGACCUUGACCAUAAUAAUUUAAUGUCCAUUGAUAUUAUAAUAUUUUAUAUACAUUGAAAAUACUUCGGUUAUUGUUUAUGAAUAUUCACGCUAUAAUAUAGUGUUGUAUUACAGUUAGUGUUAGUGUUACAGUUAUCACAAUCGGCAACAGGUUUUUACUGCAAGACCGGUACAAAGAACUGACGGUUGAUGACUAUCCAGAAUAAUUAUGACUGUAAUUCCCAAUAAUGUUGUGAUGCUGUGAAACAAUUGAGAAAAAAAAAAUCGUGACCAGAUAGCAAUUUGCCAAUUUAUAGCUAUGAAGAUCGGAAUAGUAAUUUUAAGUUCAUUCGUGAACGUCCUCCUGGCCGCUGCCAACAACACCAAUGUUGUAUUUCUAAAUCACACUGAAACAUGGACUCAACCGCAGCAGGCGACAAAAAAAACGACGCCGAUCAACGUGGACACCAAUACCAAAGAGAUGUUAAAACUCGGGUUGUUGGACGGCACGUUGAAAAUUGACAAAUGCAUCUAUAGUCAAAAUUCGCUUGACCCCAAUUUUGAUCAUAACGUCAUCAUAUCGCCCAUAAGUAUUGCCGCUGCGACGUCGCUGCUUUUAUUGGCGGCUGCCGGCGACACUAAGACGGAACUCGGCAUACUGUUCGGUAUCGACGGUAAUACAUUUGUAAACAGUAUUGAAAAAAACGAAAAUCUAUUCAGGAUGCUGGGAUUACUUCUGGACAAGUUUCAAGCGAAUGCUAGCAAUGCUUUAGGUACCACACAAGUAAACCUCGCAAAAGCAAUAUUUGUUCAAGAGGGUUAUAACAUAACGAGCAAUUAUAAAACCGUGGUUAAAGAAUUAUUAAAAAGUGAAUUGAUCACUGUCGAUUUCAUGAACAACGGUUACAUCACUCAACAAAAAAUUAAUCAUUGGGUUUCUAGUCAAACUCGUGGAAAAAUCAACGAUAUUAUGCCGGGUGCACCGACACCCGACACCAAGACAGUUAUUGUGAGCGCCUUAUAUUUUAGCGGUGAAUGGGAAACACCUUUUUUUGUUAACUAUACCAGAGUAAAACCCUUUUUUGCUGGCCAAAGCGCUCCUGGGAGAAAAUUAAAUCGACAGAGUAAAGACAACAUAUAUGUACCAAUGAUGGUGGGAAGCAGUGAAGUACUGUAUCACAAAAACGAUGAACUCGGAUUUAAAGCUAUCGGAUUGCCGUAUAAGGGUAGAAAAGUCUAUAUGUACUAUGUGCUUCCAAAUUCGCAAAUUACACUUAGAGAAAUUAUAGACAAAAUGAACGGAAAUGCACUACGUAACAUAUCGAGGAAUACAGUUUCUUCUGAAUUUAUUUAUUUCGUGCCUAAAAUGACGCUGAAAUCGUUUACUAACCUCAGUCCAGUUAUGCAGAAAUUGGGAGUCCACAAAGUAUUUGAUCCGUCAAAAGCAGACUUGUCGAACUUGGCAAAUGAUCCGGGUGCUCAUGUCGACGACGUUUUACACAAGGUAGAAAUUGUCGUCGACGAAAUCGGCACUGUAGCUUCGGCGGCCACCGUAGUAACCAUAUCGAGAGGCGGUCAGCCCACGUUCAACGUCAAUAAACCUUUCUUAUUUUUCAUCCACCACAUAGACAGCGAUACGAUUAUUCUAUGGGGAACAGUUUAUAAACCGAUACCACACACAACGACACCGCCGCCAUCAUCAUGAGCUUCAAAACGUACCGAGACGGACGUUCAACUGACUUAAUAUUAAUAAAAUGUUUUUAUUUAUUUUUCAUAACCUUGCAUUUACUUAUACAUAAUACACAUAUCUAUAUAUAUAAUAUGUAAGUUACUUUAAAAUAGUCAAUCAGAGAGUUCUUCUUAAUACAAAUUAUUUUUUAGCAAAUGUUA